AUGCACAGGCCUGUUAUGUCGUUGGACUCCACAAUAAUCCAUUGCCGUGACGAACCCCUUCAGAAGGUUCUCAAGGCUCCACCGCGAUCGCUGCGCAAAGCCAUUUCGAUCCCCGCCGUCUCAACUCUAGUCAAAGACUCAUGGGUUUGGGCCGGCGAUACUCUCAAUAACUACCGCGAUGGCCUCUCUGCCGAACAGCGGAGGCAUCGGGCUGAGAUCGAGACCCGCAAGCAAGUCCUCUACAUGAAGAUCAAAGAUGCUGUGUCGUACGAGGAAUGGCGGAGCUGUGCCGAGGAGUUGGACGUGCUGGAACACAACGACUCCUGGAAGAAGGACUCCGAGUGCGCCGAGUACAACUCACGACUUGUUCAGGAACGCCUGCGACAACUGGAGGAGGCGCGCAUUAAUUGCGACGUGAGUCGCAUGCUUUUUCUUGUACGGACCGCUCUGAGCCGCGACCUUGGCAAGAUGAGCAACGCAUCGCUUUACCGUCACUCGCACAUUGGGACGAAGGACCUGAUCGAUCAGUACAUAGCCACGGCCCUCGACACGAUCAAGGCGUUGGUGGAAAUGUCGGCGGAUAAUCGCUGUGACGGGUUGGAGCUCAAAUACAUCCUGGAUCAGCUGCUAGCGGCUCGUCAGGCAUUUGGCCGGAGUGCGCUGCUGUUUUCAGGAGGUGCAACUUUCGGCAUGAACCAUAUUGGUGUUCUGAAGGCUCUUUACGAACAGAAUCUUAUCCCGCGCAUCAUCUCUGGGGCUUCAGCAGGGAGCAUAGUGUGCGCCGUGUUCUGCACUUGCACAGACGAUGACUUACCGGGACUUCUGGAUACUUACGUUCACGAUGGGGAUUUUGCGGUCUUCAACAAACAUGGCCAGGAGGAGAACAUUUUUCAGAAGACGGCGCGUUUUUUGAAACACGGGUCUUUCUUGGAUAUCUCCCAUUUGGCAAACACAAUGCGCGGCUGGUUGGGCGAUAUGACGUUUCAAGAGGCGUACAAUCGGACUCGACGGAUUUUGAAUAUAUGCGUGUCUAGUGCCGGCAUGUAUGAGCUCCCGCGACUGCUUAACUAUAUAUCGGCUCCCAACGUGUUGAUUUGGUCCGCUGUGGCCGUAUCAUGCUCGGUGCCCUUGGUUUUCAAGCCCUUCACAUUGAUGGCGAAAGACCCCAAGACCGGAGAGGCGGUGCCGUGGAAUGACCUCCACAGGCAAUAUAUCGACGGCUCAGUUGACGGAGACCUCCCGAUGACACGUUUAUCCGAGAUGUUCAACGUCAACCACUUCAUUGUCUCGCAGGUCAACCCUCAUGUGGUCCCAUUCCUGCCAAAGGAAGAUGGACCAUCGAAUCCCGCGGAGCACCGAUCACUAUCCGUUCCUGGCUGGGUCAAUACAAUGACGCAUCUUGCUAAAGAUGAGAUACUUCACCGAAUGACUAUCCUAUCAGAAAUGGGGGUGUUCCCAACCUCGAUGACCAAGGCUGCAUCGAUCAUGAAUCAGAAAUAUAGCGGCGACAUCAACAUUUACCCCGAACUCAUUUCCUCAAAUUUCCCACGGAUCCUAGAGAAUCCGACCAAGGAAUUCAUGCUUGAAGCAUGUAUCAGCGGCGAACGGGCAACAUGGCCCCGAUUGAGCCGAAUCCAUAACGCCUGUGCCAUCGAGCUAGCGCUCGACAGAGCAAUUCAACAGAUGCGGGCCCGUGUGGCCUUCAGUCCAGGUCAGCUUGCUUUGCGCAUGCACGACUCCAUGCAUCACUCGCUCAAUUCAACAGAGGGCGCGAGACGAGGACGUAUUCAAAGGAGGGGUUCUCAUAAUCACGAGCUUGUUCGAAGACGGUCCAGAGGGCAGUCCUUAAGCCAACCCCAGCAAGAAUUGCGAAAGGCACGCAGCACCGUCUCCCUCGAACAACCCCCCUUCGCAUUUCCCGACGCAAUUUCCGCAAGUCGGCCAAAGGCCGACUACCGACGAUCUUCAAUAUCUUUCGGCGGGGCAUUCACAACCGGGUCUGGUAGCGACGACGAAGAGGAUAACGAGCCAACAUACACCAUCCGUCCGGGACCACCAAACCACCGGGCAUCAUGGGAGGCAUCUUCGUAUGGAGCAGAGUCAACCUACGGGAUCCUGCAUAGUCCCGUCCGAUCACGGCGAUCGUCAUUCUCCGCGCACUCACCACGGUCCGCAUCAAGCCGGCGAGCAUCCCCAAAGCAGGCAAAGCAGGCGUAUGUCCCCUCGGCUAGAGAGAUCUCCAUGGCUCUCUCACCGUCGUCGCGCCACCUGCUCAGCAUGACGCCGUCGGUCCAGCCGAGCUCUCAUGACACAGUCGCGCGUAAACCGCGCCAUUGA